AUGAUCUGUUCGAUCCAGUGGUUUGAGAAACACCUGGGUAAACUAAAGCCCCUGGGUCCCCCAGAAGAUGCCGGCGUCUACGAAGUGGUGAUUGCGCAUGAACCCCGCUACAACGUUGGUGACCUUGUUCUCGCCUCCACGGAGGUAGACGGAUGCGACAAAACUAUUGUCGGCUACAUAGAUGAAUUAGAUACCAGCACGGGACGCCUCAAACUCCUCGACGCCCAGGGCACACGAACUGAUAUCUUCCCCCUGCAGUGUAUCAGAGUGCUGGCUGACGAUGAUUAUGAGGACGCCAGUUACCUGAAUCCCUCAUCGGUGGAUUUGGAUCUCACGUCCGAUGACUUUGACAAUGAACUAUAUGGUGACGAAUCAGACAGCUCUGACUGGGAGACUAUCAGUAAUAUCUCCUUGGAGCCAAAAUGGGGCUUGACGACUGCGCCCGUGGAGGAGGAAAAUGCAGAUGAGAAAGCGAAGAAGGAGCAGGAGAACUGGGCGCCGACUGAUGAGGUCCGAACUUUUCCUACCAUCGUUGUCCCCUUCCUCCUCCUCCUCCUCCCGCACCACAGAUGUCUGUCGCGAUGGCUGCUCAUAUCGGACUGUAUUCAGGAGCUGCUUCGAUCCCCGGACUCGCUCACCUUCCUCUUCGAUGCACUUUCCACCAACACGAAGCAGCUGCAACACCUGCUUGAGGCGGGCAGCUUCACGGUGAUAGAGCAGCCGAACUCUGGCAGCCAAGACUACCUCUAUCCUCGGCACUGGAGUCUGCGC